UCCAAAAGAUAACAUAAAACUUUGAGCCACACACACAUGGAAAACGAAGGAAACACAGGAACUGGAAGUAGUUCAAGAUGGAACCCAACGAAAGAUCAGAUCACGUUGCUAGAGAAUCUUUACAAGCAAGGGAUACGAACUCCGAGCGCCGAUCAGAUACAGCAGAUCACCGGCAGGCUCCGUGCGUACGGCCAUAUCGAAGGUAAAAACGUCUUUUAUUGGUUCCAGAACCAUAAGGCCAGACAACGCCAAAAGCAGAAACAGGAGCGCAUCGCAUACUUCAACCGUCUACUCCACAAGACCUCCCGUUUCUUUCACCCUCCUCCUUGCUCAAACGUGGGUUGUGUUAGUCCCUACUAUAUACAGCAAGUAGGUGAUCAUCAUAAUCAUAUCAACCAACAUGGAAGUGUGUACACAAACAAUCUUCUUCACAGAAACAAUGCGGUGAUUCCGAGUGGUGGCUACGAGAAACGGAGUAUCACAGAUCAUAAUAAGAAAAAACAACUCUCAGACAUAACAACAAGAACAACAACAACUCGGAUGUCCAUGUCUUCAAGAUUUGACAGAUUUGCCCUUCGUGAUCACGGUGAGGGCAUUAACGUCAAUUCUAAUGGACGUGAGACGCUACCUCUGUUCCCACUUCAGCCUUUAGAUGGGACUAUCGGCGAUGGUGCGGAGAAUUCCAGUUUUGCCACUGGGAGUGAUCCUCCAGUGGUUUGUUUGGGCGAUGACGGUGGACAAGAGCAGCCGUUUAUGAUCGAUUUUUUCUCUGGUGGUGGUUCUUCUUCUAGUCGUUUCGAUAAUAAUGGAAAUGCGUUGUAACGAGUACUGUUCAAUUUAGAUAUAUGUUUUUUUUUUUUUUUUGUAUUUUUGAUAAAAAGUUUUUUUUU